CUAUUAAACGGGGUGUGAGCUCGGCCUCAUCUUCUCGCUCAUCGUUUCCAAAGCUAAAAGGCGAAACUUUCCAAGGACGUGCAUGCUCUGUUAUUUUGGAUUUGCGCCGGGUUAUCGCAUUGAAAAUCUUGGAGAAGGGUGUGGUCGGAAACUGGUAGACAUGGCCGCUUUGGUGUCCCAAGAGAACAUGGUCACUCCCACUCUGGUGUCUCGCACCGGGCGGCACUUGCAGCGGUACAGCAAGCAUGGCUCUCGCCAAGUCGUCGGGUGCAUUCCGUACAGAUUCAAAAGCAGAGAAAAGGGUUCUUUGGUGGACGAGACAGGAGAAGAAGUGGAGGUGCUCGUCAUAAGUUCCCAGAAAGGGAAAGGUCUGUUGUUUCCCAAGGGAGGUUGGGAAAUGGAUGAAUCCAUGAACGCCGCAGCUUUGCGGGAGACCGUGGAGGAAGCUGGCGUCCGAGGUACUAUUGAGAGGCAACUAGGCAAAUGGAGUUUCAAAAGCAAGAGCCAGGACGCGGUUUAUGAGGGAUACAUGUUCCCGUUGCUCGUGGACGAGCAGCUGGAGAUCUGGCCGGAGAAGAACGUCCGACGAAGAUACUGGAUGAAUGUGAGAGAAGCUAGAGAGGUAUGUCAGCAUGGGUGGAUGAAGGAAGCCCUGGAUGUUCUAGUGAGCCGUCUCGCCUCCAAGGAAGGAGGAGAUCUUCCCUCGCUAUGACGUUGCUCAAUCGGACUCUGUAUAUAGAAUUGCAGUGAUCACUGAAUGGAGGAAAAGAGGUGAGGCGCGACUUUUCGAUCCCGAGCGGUUUUGGGGAGAGGAUUAGGGGAGGUUAUGAAGUUGUAUCAUUUAGAUACUAAGGGCAGGCGGUAGGAGCUAUUAGAGAUUCAGGAACCAGUCCAUCCAUGUUUUCAAAGCAAAUGUAUAGCAUUGUUUCUCAUGGUAAUAGGAUCAGCAAAAAUCUCUCUGGCCAGUAAAGUUGUAAGUGAUGGUAUGCCGUCGCUUUUCUUCUUCAA